GUGGUGCAGAUCCAGGCGCAGAUGUCGGAGCGCGCCGUGGAGCUGCUGGCGCUGCCCGAGGACCGGCCGUGCCUGCUGCUGGACGUGGGCUGCGGCUCCGGCCUGAGCGGGGACCACAUUUCCGAAGAGGGGCACUACUGGGUCGGCCUGGACAUCAGUGCUGCCAUGCUGGAUGUGGCUGUGGAGAGAGAGGUGGAGGGAGACCUGCUGCUCGCGGACGUGGGGCAGGGCAUCCCCUUCAGGCCGGGCACGUUUGACGGCUGCAUCAGUAUUUCUGCAGUGCAAUGGCUUUGUAAUGCUGAUAAGAAGUCACACAGUCCUCCAAAACGCCUCUAUCGAUUCUUUUCGACUCUUUAUACCGCCUUGGCCCGAGGAUCCCGAGCUGUCCUGCAGCUGUACCCUGAGAACUCAGAACAGCUGGAACUCAUCACAGCCCAAGCAAUGAGGGCUGGCUUCACUGGGGGAAUGGUGGUAGAUUACCCUAACAGCGCCAAAGCCAAGAAGUUCUUCCUGUGCCUCUUUGUUGGGGCAUCCAGCACRUUACCAAAGGGCCUUGGUACUGAGUGUGCUGAUGAAGAGCUACACCAGGCAAAGUUCACAAAUGAAAGGACACGGUUCAGAAACGCCAAGGGCAAAUCUGUAAAGAAAAGCCGGGACUGGAUCCUUGAGAAGAAGGAGCGCAGGCGACGGCAGGGCAAGGACGUGCGAGGAGACACAAAAUACACGGGUCGAAAGCGCCGCCCUCACUUCUGAGUUGAUACGGAUGCUGCUGGAGUGGAAGGCGGUGCAUGGGCUCCAGCCUCUCAUGGUUGAUGCCGAUUAGCACCCCAGGACAGGUCCUUGCAGCUCSUGCAGGAGAAGGCCUGGAGGUGUUACCCAUCCUUCAACUGCUGAGCUUCUAGGCCCUUUUUUUUUUCUUUUUUUCCCAAGGAAGCUGGACUGUGCUUUGGGUGCUCUGGGGCAGGCCCUUGCUUACCUCCUUGAGGUGGCAGUAAGCUGCCUGGAGAGACAGGAGGUAGCCAGCCUCUUUGAUAAACAGUGCUGUAUGCUUGUU